UUUCAGAACUGUGUGUUUCACAGCAGUCUCACUAGUGACUUGAAAGCAUUCACAGACAAGUUCGGUUUUGAUGUCCUCAUCCUGUUCGCCAGUUACUUGUCAGAGGAGCAGCUGAGACAACAGAUUGCUGUGUAUUCCCAGAACCUGGAGCUGUGCAGUCAGAUCUGCUGUGAACUAGAAGAGUGUCAGAACCCUUGCCUGGAAUUGGAGCCCUUUGAAUGUGGCUGCGACGAGAUCCUGGUAUACCAGCAGGAGGACCCUUCUGUGACUUGUGAUCAGGUGGUUCUUGUUGUCAAGGAAGUCAUCAAUAGGAGGUGUCCAGAGAUGGUCUCCAACAGCCGGACAUCCUCAACGGAAGCUGUGGCGGGCAGCGCACCCCUCUCCCAGGGCUCUUCUGGGAUUAUGGAGUUGUAUGGUUCUGACAUAGAGCCACAACCCAGCUCUGUGAAUUUCAUAGAAAAUCCUCCAGAUCUCAAUGAUUCUAACCAGGCUCAGGUAGAUGUCAACAUAGACCUUGUUAGCCCAGACAGUGGGUUGGCGACUAUUAGGAGCAGCCGUUCAUCCAAGGAGAGCUCCGUGUUCCUCAGUGAUGACAGCCCAGUGGGAGAAGGUGCUGGGCCUCACCACAGCCUCCUCCCAGGAUUCGAUUCCUAUAGUCCCAUCCCAGAAGGAGCAGUUGCAGAGGAGCAUUCGAGGUCUGGGGAUCACGGUGAACACUUUGACCUCUUCAACUUUGACCCGGCACCUCUGGUUUCCGGGCAGUCCCAACCAUCUUCCCAUUCAGCAGACUAUUCCCCAGGAGAUGACUUCCCCAACAGCGAUUCGUCAGAAGGACAGCUUCCCACUGGACCGAAAGGACUUGAUGAGAUGGGAAUUGAUAUGUCAAAUUAUUCCUCUAGUUCACUUUUGUCAGAGGCUGGCAAAGACAGCCUUGUGGAAUUUGAGGAGGAGUUUGUCCAGAGACAAGAAAGUCUUGGAGAUAACUCUGAAAGAAAGUUGAGCCUGACAGGUUUUAUGGGAGAUGACUCUCUCUCACGAAGGACUAAAAAUAUUGCAAAGAGGGUCCUACCAACACCUAUGAAUAGCUUUGUAGAAAGCUCACCAUCCUCUGAAGAGCCAGCCCCACUCUAUCCAGAAGAUAUGACCCAAAAAGCAGUGGACUCUGGGCCCCUGGGCCCACCACAGACCCGUACCCGGUGCAGCAGCUGGUGGGGUGGUUUGGAAAUUGACUCUAAACAUCUUGCAGAUGCCUGGAGUUCCAGUGAGCAAGAAUCUGUCUUCCAGAGUCCUGAAUCAUGGAAAGAGCAUAAGCCCAGCCCAGCUGAGAGGAGAGCCUCAGAUUCUGUAUUUCAACCAAAGGGUCUCGAAUUCCCAGAGUCAGAUACCUGGAAGUCUGGAUUCGGCCAGCCUGAAGGGGGUAGCGAUGACAUUCAAAAUCAAAAAGAAGAAAGCUUACAGUUUCAGAACCUGCCCACUGAGACGCCAAAUUUGAUAAAUGCUUCUCCUCAGGGAACAAACCACCUGAUAGAAGAUUUUGCAGCUCUGUGGCAAUCGGGUCGCUCUCCCACAGCGAUGCCUGAGCCCUGGGGAAAUCCCACAGAUGAUGGCAACCCAGCAGCUACAGUGGCCUUCCCUGCCUGGAAUGCAUUUGGUAAAAAAGAUAAUCCUGAUGUUUUACAAACUACCUGGAAUCUUCACCCAACCAGUGGUGAGACACCUUCUGUGAGGGACCCGAAUGAGUGGGCUAUGGCAAAAAGUGGCUUUUCCUUUCCUUCGGAAGACCUAUUGGACAAUUCACCCAGUGAGGCAAAUAAUGAAGCGGCUACAAAACUCUGGGGUAAGAAGAGCGAUGACCCCAGGGAUAAUGUCUUUGCAUCUGGAAAUCCCAGUGCUGACCUGGAACGUGUUUGGAACAAUUCUAAACCAUCAAGGGAUGAUCAGAAUGGGCUGGUGGAUCCCAAAGUCAGGGAAAAGGUGUACGAGCAAGUCAGUUCCUGGAACCUCUUUGAGGAGAGUAUCAAGAAAGGAGGGUCAGAGGUCCUAGCACCUUGGGAAGAUUCCUUCUUAGCCUAUACCUGCUCUGGCUACAGCACAUCCAAUGUAGGAGAGGAUUCAGUGCCAUCCCCUUUGGACACCAAUUACUCCACCUCUGACUCUUACACAUCCCCAACAUUUGCUGGAGAUGAAAAAGAAACCGAAAACAAGCCAUUUGCUAAAGGGGAAGGUUUGGCACCAAAAGAUGCCAACUCUACUGCAGAAGAGGCUGAUGUCCCUGCACAAUCACCGCAGCAGCCACCAAGAAGCCGAAUCAGUUCAGGUCCUGGGAACCUGGACAUGUGGGCUUCACCUCAGGCAGAUGACAGUCCUGAAAUAAAUACUAUGUGUCACCUGGACAAAGAUUUCCUUAAGACAGAGGACACAGGUGAUAAGAAGGUUGGUGUGGAGGAUGAUGUGAGGGAGAGCAGCCUGUCCAGCUACGAUGACCCCAGCAUGAUGCAGCUGUACAAUGAAGCAAACCGACAGCUCUCACUUCUACACAGCCCCACCAACUCGCGGCAGGCAGCCCCCGACAGCCUCGACGUGUGGAACAGAGUGAUUCUGGAGGAUACACAGUCCACCGCGACCAUCUCUGACAUGGACAACGACCUGGACUGGGAUGACUGCAGUGGGGGCAUGGCGAUCACCAGUGAUGGUCAAGCAGAGGGCUAUCUGGCUGAAAGCACAGAACCAGAGACCCGGUUUUCAGUGAGACAGCUGGAACCUUGGGGCACGGAGUAUCAAGAAGCAAAUCAGGUAGAAUGGGAACUCCCCGCCUCUGCAGAGCACACCAAAGACACUGCUCCUAGUGAGUAUCACACACUGAGUGAGAAGAGUGGACAGCUGAUUGCAAACAGCAUUUGGGAUUCUGUCAUGAGAGAGAAAGACAUGUCAUCACUCGGGUUACCAGGCCCAUCAUGCAUUACAGAUUCAGAACAAGGCAAUUUGCUCCCUGAAAGUCCCAGCCAUUCAACACAUGACAAGGACAGUCAUGUCCCAGAUGUGCUAGAAACUUCCGGAAUCAAUGAAGAGGGAUAUCCUGACAAUCAGGAUGCAUGGACAGGAACUCUGCAAGGGGACACUUCUUUCAUGGUGACCAACCUUGAAAAUCCAGGACAUUUUGCACACUCGGAUCCAUGGGUAGGUCAUAGCUAUGGACAAAGUGAAAGUGAGACAGAAGUCCUGGGGGACUCCAACAGAGACCACCUCAAUAAGGAAGCGGCAAUAAGCUUGGAAGUAGAUAACAACCCAGAGAUUUCUAGGAAUGGUCCCAGUGACCUGGAACUCCCUUCUCCAGUUGCAUCUGAACCUCAAGAAAUCUGUAUUGAAUCAGGCAAAAUCAACUCUUUUUCAGACACUCACAGUCCUCAAACUGAGGAAGCAGAGGAACUUUUCCAGUAUGAGAAGAGGUCUUACAAUCUAGACCCCUGUGCUGAGCAAACAGAGCUGUCCACAGAAAACUUGCAUGCAAAAGAGACCUACGAGGAGCCCCUCAUAAAUAAUAGAAAUUUGAGUGAAAUUGUUGAGAUUUCAGAUCAGAUGAAUUUAACAAAAAAUGUAUCUUUAUCUGAAAUGGAUCUUGAGAAAACUGAAGAAUGUAACAUUCUGGAACCAGAGAGAGCAAACGAAGGGCUACCACAUGAAUCUCCCCAAAGUCUUGAUACUGUUGAUGAUCGUAUAGAUGGUGACAUGCUGGACCAUCACACAAGUUCUGAGAUAACCAAGCAUCUUGAAAUUAGGGACACUGAAGCCAGCUUUCUAAGAGACAAUCCAUCUGGAAAUUAUGACAAAGACAGUAUUUCUAGUGAGUAUACUCAUUCAAGUGCAUCGAGUCCUGACCUAAAUGAUUCUUCAGUUGCUUUAUCUUCCUGGGGCCAUGGACCCAGUACUGAGUGUCAGGAAGAGAAUCAAGAUGGUAGGAUUGGAAAUGAACAGAAUGACCAAGAAUCUAAACUAGUUGCCACUGAUAACCAAGUAGAAGCAAUUACUGAAACGAAGGAAAACACAACAGACGAGUUAGAAAGGAGCUUCAAUCACAAGGUUCCUAAAUGUUUAGAGAUUUGGAAUGACUCAAUAGAUGGUGAUUCCUUGUCCUCUUUAUCCAGCCCUGAAACAGACAAAUAUUCUGAAUAUUUGGGUGCAUAUCAGGAAGGAAAUCUAAUGAUUAGCCAUCAGGAGAAAAAUGAAUGUGACAUCCCUGAAAUUGUGCAGCCAGAGGAUGCCAGGGUCACAUCAACCAGUUCAGGUUCUGAUGAUGACAGUAACGAAGAGUCAGUAGAUAAAGAGUCCCAUGUGGCCUCCUGUCAUGUUACUCAGAGUGAAUCCAGAGCUUGGGAUUCACUGAGUGAAGAUAAGUUCUCAGGCACAGAGGAUGCCAAGUCUGAGCCCAAGGAAGAGGAGUUUUCUGACUACAGAGGCAGUCCAGAACCCGCAGAGAGUGAGAACAAGUCAAACCCAUUCUAUGACAACCAACAAAGUAGCCCUGUUCAGUGGACUUUCUCACCUCUCUCUGAGACUGAAGCACAGGCCACAGCAGUGGAGAAGGAGAUGAGCUCUCCCCCACAAAUGGGAGAGACAAGAACUGAUGUAUGGCAAAUCUCUCCCAAAACUGAGCCAAAGAAUGGGACUCAUUCUCAAUUGGAAAUGCUUGGCUUCUCAGCUGACAGCAGCGAGUGGUGGAAUGCCCCUUCACAGGAAGGGAGACGGAUCGAGAGUGCUUUUGAAGGGGAAUUGUCUAACUCAAGAGGUGUGUUAGAGAAGAAUUCUGCCAUAGGCCAGGAUGUGGGUCCCUGGGGAUUACCCAUUCAAGGUGACACUGAAUCCAUGGAAACACACUGUGCUAAUCCUUUCAACGAUAAUCUCCAGUCCCCUUUUCUGGAUAGUAAUGGGGACCGCUCCCACGAGAAACUUUGGAACAUUCAACCAAGGCAACCAGAACCAGAUGCUGAUCAGUUUAGCCAGCUUGUGAUAUUGAACCAAAUUAAAGAAAAAGAUUUCAGAGAGCAAACUUUCAUGUCUUCUGCAGGGGACGAGCCCCCUUCUGAAACUCACAACCAAGAGCAGGGUCAGGAUACCACACUGUCCAUCUGGGAUCAGAAAGACCCAGCAUUUACACACGCAGAUGAAAAUGAAUGCGUUAUGGCUAAUGUUUCAACUAUCAAGUGCCAAGAAGCAAAUUGGUGGGAACAAGAAAUGACACAUCCAAGCAUUGCCACAGAAAAUCUCCCUUCUGUCAGUUCUCCCACACCAUUGAUAAAGAAAGCGGGCUCUGAAUGGGAUGACCCCAGCCCUUCUGAAGGCCCCCAAGGUAACUUUGUUCCAGAUAUUUUGCAUGGCAACUUCCAAGAUGGUGGACAACUGGCCUCAGCUUCACCUGACUUGUGGGUGGAUGUCAAGCAGCCCUUCACUGUAAAAGUAGAUGGCGAGAAUCCUGAUAUACUGAUUCACUGUGACCCUGACAGCAAUUCUCAUGCCUCCAACAGCCCAGAUAUAUGUCAUGAUUCUGAAGCAAAACAAGAGACAGAGCAGCACAUUGGUGCUUGCAUGGAACCUGGUGUGGAAACCAGUGAGUUUUAUCUCACUGAGUCAAAAAUGAAUGAAGAGCCUGGUGAGGAGCCUGUGCAGGAAUCUGUUCCAUACAACUCAGAACUCUAUUCUGAAAAUGCAAUUCCUCUGCCUCCAGUCAACAUCCAAGGAAAUAUAAAUGACUCUUCUCAGCCUGCCUCUGGUAAAGGUUCUCCUGAAACUUCUGAAGUGAAUGAUGAUAAGAAUACAGGCUUAAUAGCAUCAGAAAAGGGGGCUGACCCAGAUACAGCACCAAUUUUGGAACUUGUAGACAGAACAAUCCCAAGGAUUGAAAAUGUGGGAACCAGCAUUUUCCUAACUUACCAAGAGCCAACUAUGGAAGGCAACAACAGCUCUUGGAUAUCAGAGGACUUUUCUUCUGGAAGUCACACAGGUACAGGAGCCUUAUGUGACUGUGAGCAAUCUUUUGCUCCUGGGAAUCUUGCUGCGGUCACUGAUGCUUUGCUGGUGUCAGACACUUGCCUGGAUAUAAGCGAGGCUGCCUUUGACCACAGUUUCAGUGAUGCCUCGGGUCUCAACACUUCCACAGGAACAAUAGACGACAUGAGUAAGUUGACAUUAUCAGAAGGCCAUCCUGACACACCAGUUGAUGGGGAUACAGGCAAGCAAGACAUCUGUUCGUCUGAAGCCUCCUGGGGUGAUUUUGAAGAUGUAAUGGGCCAGAAUAUUGACGAGGACUUAAUGAAAGAGCCUGAACACUUCCGCUUUGGUGGCGACCCCCUCUUGGAGGAAGAUGCUCUGAAGCAAUCACUGACACCAUACACACCUCCCUUUGAUCUGUCCUACCUCACAGAGCCCACCCACUACACUGAGACUACAGAGGAAACUAGGUCUCCUGAGGAUGUGUCUCUGGGGAGUGAGGCAGCAGAAAUGUUGCUUUCUGCCCUUCCUGAUCAAAGCGAGGGAAACCACUCUGAGACCAAAAGCAGACAGGAUGGACACCAGCUGGUUGUGCUGCAUAUACAUGAAGACCCUGCCACCGGUUCCUUGCCUGUAGGAAGGACAGGCUCCAACACUGAAUCAUCUCCCUCAAACAUUGACUGGGACGUAGAAACAGAUAAUUCUGAUUCACCAGCAGGGGGAGACAUAGAACCACCAAAUGCUGUCAGCAAGGAAAUUUUAGAGUUAGAAGAAAAAAUAAUUCCCACCAAAGAGCCUGAGCAGAUAGAAUCAGACGAGGAAGAAAGAUGCAUAGAGAAGAAUGAAGAUCAUCACGCAGUGCACGUGGAUUACAUUCUUGUAAGUCAUGAAAAAAAUUCACCCCUGGAACCAGAGGCCUGUGAAGCAAGAGAAAGCAGAUCAGAAUUAGAAGAACCAUAUGAACAUUCCGAACUAACAGAGCUGACAGAAACUCAGUUAGCAGGUUUCCCAGACACAUGUCAACCUGCCUCCUCAAAUGACAGCAAAGAUCAUUCUGCAGAGAGAAUAUCUUCUAAAGAUGACAAGAGGUCAUCUCUUGAAAGCCCUGCACAGGACCAGAGUUGGAUGGUCUUGGGCCAUGGUGAGGUUAAUGAUCUAACCUUCUCAGAAGCCAUGGACUCAGGGCCUGGAUGGUCUGGCAAGACUGCAGAGCCAUUCUCUGAUCUCACCUUGAGCAAGGGACCCCAGAUACAGGAUGCAGGAGAACUGAAGCCUCUAGAAUCUUUAGCAGUAGAGGAAGUCUCCAGUCAGGGAAACCAAAGACGGAAGAGCAAGAGUGACCCAGAUGCAGUUCUGUCACAGGUGGUUACUAAUGACAAUGAAUGGGAAAUGCUUUCACCACAGCCUUCUCAGCAAAACAGGAUCCCCGAAAGGAAAGUAGAGGAGGAGACAGAGUUCCUUGAACCUGUAACUGGGAAACCAAGACCAAAUGGACUCCUGUCAGAGGAUGUAGGAAUGGACAUCCCCUUUGAGGAGGGAAUGCUGAGUCCCAACACUGCAGACAUGAGGCCUGAACCUCCUAACUCUCUGGAUCUUAACGGUACUCAUCCUCGGAGAAUCAAGCUCACAGCCCCAAAUAUCAACCUUUCUCUGGACCAAAGUGAAGGAUCUGUUCUCUCUGAUGAUAACUUGGACAGUCCAGAUGAAAUUGAUAUCAAUGUAGAUGAACUUGAUACUCCUGACGAAGCAGAUUCUUUUGAGUACACUGGUCAUGAAGAUCCCAUGGCCAACAAAGAUUCUGGCCAAGAGUCAGAGUCUAUUCCAGAAUAUACAGCUGAAGAGGAGCGAGAAGACAACCGGUUGUGGAGGACGGUGGUGAUUGGAGAGCAAGAGCAACGGAUUGACAUGAAGGUCAUUGAGCCCUACAGGAGAGUCAUUUCUCAUGGAGGAGACUCAGGAUACUAUGGGGAUGGCCUAAAUGCUAUCAUUGUCUUUGCCGCCUGUUUUCUGCCAGACAGCAGUCGGGCGGAUUACCACUAUGUCAUGGAAAAUCUUUUCCUAUACGUGAUAAGUACUUUAGAGCUGAUGGUGGCUGAAGACUACAUGAUUGUGUACUUGAAUGGUGCCACCCCGAGACGGAAGAUGCCGGGACUCGGCUGGAUGAAGAAGUGCUACCAAAUGAUCGACAGACGAUUGCGUAAGAAUUUGAAAUCAUUCAUCAUUGUGCAUCCAUCUUGGUUCAUUAGAACAAUCCUUGCUGUGACACGACCUUUUAUAAGUUCAAAAUUCAGCAGUAAGAUUAAAUAUGUGAGUAGCUUAUCCGAGCUCAGUGGGCUGAUCCCAAUGGACUGCAUUCAUAUUCCUGAGAGCAUUAUCAAGUACGAUGAAGAGAAAUCUUAUAAGAGAAGUGUGAGAACUAGCUGCCUUUACAAUGACCCAGAAAUGACUUCUAUGGAGAAGGACAUUGACCUGAAGCUGAAAGAAAAGCCCUAGUUGGCCAUGGCUGGAGGAAGAGGAUGCUUUUUGCUCUGUGGUUCUGCUGAAACAUAUCUACCUGGAGGAGAUGGGACUGAUGUUCCUUUUUUUCACUCUGCACUCCUUGGUGCCAUUCUAAAUUUCUAAGGGGAAAAACAGGAAGAGGAUUUGUUUAUUCUUAACAUGUUUUAUGAAAUUGUGUGUAUUGUCCUAUUUUGCCAAUUAUGUGCCUCAAAGAUUUCAGUUGAACCUUAGCAAGAAAGUAGGACCUUCCAUUUCAAUAUUUUGUUAGCUCUUGGUACAGUGGUACUUGAUUCCUUAGACUGACGUUUGCCAAUGAGAUAAUUUAAAUCUACUGUAGAAUAUAAGAGGAUUUGUUUCCCUAGAUUUGCUGGAUUUCUUCAUGGUGAUUUCGUUAGAUUUAAAGUACACAGGGCUUGACUCUGCCAGGGAAAAUUACUCCCAUAACACUACCUUUAAAAUGUCUGCUUAGCACAGCCGUAAGCCAGGCACAGGUGUAAAGCCAUCAUCAGCAAAGGACCCACUUUAUCUUAUUGACAUGAAUCUACUUUAACUUCUCACAGGGAAGCCAGGCUUUCUAAUGCACAUCAACUUCACUAUAGUUAUCAUGCUUUAUGCAAAUUGGUCUUUAAAAAAAAACAAAUCUUUUCUUCAACAAAUGUCAAAGACCUUCAUAUUGCAAAACUUAAGGAUGAAUGUUGCAUUUUUAGUAACUGGCUGUGUUUCAAGCCACAAAUAGGGUUCAAAAAGUUAUACUUUUAGUGCCAAGGGCGCACGUCUAAGGUUUGCUCACUCUAAAAUUAUUUGUUAACAUUCAGUUAUCCAAAUUUCUCUCUCACGUGUAUUAUAAAAGUGAUAAUCUGAUCACAGGUUUAAAAUUGCAUACUAUCCUUUACAAAAUAGUUCCUUUUGUAGUUAUCAUGUGCUCUUUAAAAUGACAAUGUGAGUUCAAAUCCAUGGGCCUGUCCAAAUCCAGGGCACCACCAUAAACUAAGGAUGGUUUUCGCAUUUGUGGUUGAAAAAAAAAAAAGACUUUAAAAAAUAUUCUUGACACAAGAAGAAUUCAGAUUUCAGUAUCUAUGAAGUGUUAUCGAAAUACAGCCGUACAAAUUUUUUUCCUACUGUCUGCAGCGGCUUUCACACAACCUCUGCAGAGGCAAGCAAUUUAACAGACCAUACAGGCCACCAAACCUAUCUAUACAGAAACAAUUUGCUGACCCUUCCUCUACCAAACACAUCUUUUCCGUCUCUGCCCCCUCUUUGUAUUUUAGGGGUGUCUUUGACAAAAUGGACAAAUAAGACUGCAAACUAAUUUAUUUUAUCCAAAAAGAAAUUUUUGACAUCUACAGACAGUGAAAUAAAACACACAUCCUGCUGAGAAAGACAAGGAGUUCUCGUUGUAAAAGUGUUGGUUCCAAGACUGGCGGAGUGGCUUAAGUGUUCGAGUGCUGCCUAGCAAGCGUGAGGCCCUGAGUUUAAUCCCCAGUACCACAAAUACACACACAAAAAAGUGUGAUUUGUGUUGUAAUUGCAAGGUUCAAAGUGAAGCUUUCCUCAGAAUUCCUCUUGAGAGAUUUCCUAAUGUCACUGAGAUCCUUGUCCUACUCUGGGAUCCAUUCUUAGCUCCCAUUGUCACCUGUUACAAAGCUGGUAGAAAUAAAAAUGGAAAGAGGAGCCCUAUCAGAGUCUCACGGUAGUGACUUCAUUGGGAAGAGUUCUUCAUUGGGACACUGUGAGGCCCUGGAUACAAUAGCCCUGAAUCACUUUGAAGUAGACAUCUUUGCACAGGUGACCUCACUUGCUUCAUGUCUUUAUCCAACCAACCUUCUACAUGUGCUCACACACAACAUGCCUGAGUCAGCUCUGUCCAUCAGCCUCCAUGGUUAUCUAUGUUUCCCUCUUGAUCAAUUUCAACAGGUACUUGUUGAACUUUGUCUUCUUUGGCUCUCCUUCCUCGCUAUGCUGGCAAAACCCCUAGAGCCAGCCAUCUUUCACAACCCCCCCUCCAUCUUUGGAAGCCCAAAUAAUACCUGCCCCAGAAAAUAGGGUUGACAUAAGCAUAGCUACCCAAUAUUCUGGUUGGUUCAUCUCAUUAACACUUGGUGCACAGUGGUGUCCCAUUUUGGAAGAUGAAUUACAUGGUCCCUCUAGCUAUGUUGAACCUAUGAAAUAAUGAGGAACUCGAUGUUCAGCUAAGUGUUCCAAACCUGAGGACAUGGAGCUCUUCAUAGGGCUUUUGUCACAGCCAACAGAUGUGGCAACAGUCUUGUCAUUCACAUUUUCUUUUGAAUUUGGAAGACUACUCAGCUUCCCACAGGGAAAUUGUGAGCAUCCUUCCCAGUCAGUGGUAUAGUUUGGGCUAUUCCAUAGGCUAGGAAACCAUUCUGAUACUUAGACACCUACUGUUUUAUUGUCUUUCAAGGACAUGUGAAUUUCAUUGCACGUGCUAGAGAAAAGCUACCAUGUUAAAUCAAUCCAAGUAAAUAGAAUCCUAGGCGAAUCCUGAAACAAUAAUCCUUAAUCAGAUAGAUAGGCAGAUGUAAACUUUCCCAUCAUUCCGCUCUUUAGCUCUUGCAUUCUGAAUAUUCUUGCUUUGGUUCUGACUUCUGGGAACUGCUUUGCACUUUUCCUGUAGAUUUGUAGUUAAGGGAACCAAGGGGUCUUGGGGACAAAGUACUGUUUUUACCCAAAGUGGCAACUGUUCUUCAUGUAGCUCUUGAUUAAGAAAAAGAACAAGAGGGCUGGUAGAGUGACUCAAGUGGUACAGCACUUGCCUAGCAAAUGUGAGGCCCUAAGUUCAAACCCCAGUACUGCCAAAAAGAAAGCAAGAAAGACAAAGGACAAGAAUCUACACAGAAGAUAUGUAGAGGAGUGAGAACUUUCCAGGGCAGUAGCUAGCUGUGGAAGAAAACCCCAGAGUUCCUGUUGAAGCCAUACAAUGUUCUAUAGAGUUGCUCUAGGCGUCCUCUGAGAUGGGUGGGGAAGCCUCCACUCCUAGCCUUCCUUAUUAAGAUAUCACUUAGAGGAUUCAGUUACGGUACUUGUGUGCAACCCUUUUCUUAUCACAAUGCCUUCGUAGUUUGUUCCUCAGAAACAUUAGGAUGUGCGCAAAUUAAUCUUUUAUAU